AUGGGAAUUUCCGGCAAGAACCACCAGAAGUUCGACGGCGAAUCCCGUGAAACUUCCGAAGGAAAAAAAUAUGUCAUCUCCGGAAUCUCCAUACGUUCGCCGAUGAAACCGAUAAGCAUCUCCUCCUCUACCGUAGCCGACAAGGAAGACGACAUUCAUCAAGAUGCGUGGCCGACGACUCCAACGGCGGCUUCCUUUAGAAUACCGACGGUUUUGCUGUGUCCUCCGGCGCCGAAGAAACGAAAACCGUCGUUGAAGUUUAGAUACGUCGGCGCUAGAGAGUUCUUCUCCCCACCGGAUCUCGAGACCGUCUUCAUACAGAGAGCCGCUUAA